AUGAUCACCAUUUUCUUCCUCAUCGAAAUGGUCAGCAUCAUCCCCAUCACUGCCAUCCUCCUCUUCAUCUAUUCCAAGUUUAUUUCCAGCUACCGCUCCAACCAUGUGUUGGACAGCUGUGGCCAUGCUGUGCUGAUAACAGGCUGUGACAGUGGCUUCGGGCACCACCUGGCUCGCUGUUUGGACCAGAAGGGGUUUGUGGUCUUUGCUGGGUGUUUGUCUCCAGGAGGAGCCGGAGCCCAGAGCCUGAUCAGACAGAGCUCCAGUAAUCUGAAAAUCCUCAAGUUGGAUGUCACAAGGGAUGAAGACUUGCAGCAGGCAAAGAAAAUGGUGCAGGAGAACCUGCCAGAGAAAGGUCUGUGGGCAGUUGUGAACAAUGCUGGGAUCUCAGACUGGGCCGAGAUCGAAUGGAGCACUAUUGAAGAUUUCCAAAACAUGGUGGAUGUUAACCUGUUUGGAUCCAUUAGGACAUCUAUCGCUUUCCUACCUCUGGUUCGUGCCAGCAAAGGUCGGAUGGUUUUUGUGUCAAGCAUCUUUUCCUUCUUCUACUGCUUGAACAUGGGAGCAUACAGUGUGUCAAAGAGAGGACUGGAGGCAUUUGCUGACUGCUUAAGAGUGGAAAUGGCUAGUUUUGGCAUGAAGGUCAGUGUCAUUCAGCCAGGUAAUUUUGGCCAAGCCACUAACAUCCUGAAGAGGAAAACUGCUUUGGACAUCUGGAACAAACUGGAUGAUGAGAAAAAACGAAUCUUUGGCAGAGAGUACAUUGAUCUGGCCAAUGACUACUUCACGUCAACAUGUAGGGUGGGAUUCAAGGACGCCGAUCCGGUCAUUGCAGCAAUGCUGCACGCGGUCACAUCUGCUAGGCCGAAACACAGAUACCUGCUGGUCUCCACCAUGGAGAUGUUUUUCUUCAGCAUCUUCCCAUAUCUGCCAACCCUCCUGGCUGAUGCUGUGUUUUCUCUCAGCUCAAUGUACACAUGCAGAAAAGAAAUGCUUUAUGCUAAGCGAGACCCACAAAAUAGCUAUCUGUAA